AACCAUGGAGAUACAGCCGCAGGGAGGGAGGGCCGUGGGAGGAUGAAGAGGAGCACACAGUGCGUGGCCAGGGCGCGCCGGGGAGCAGGCGGCCGGGUGAGCUCGGGCUGCGGGAGGUGACAGCCAGACCAUGGGCUGCCCCGCGGGAUGAGGAGGAGGCCGGUGGCGACAGGCCGGCGAGCCGAGGCCGGGAUCCAGGCGAUGCCAUAAGCACCGCGGUGGAGUGGGGAGGCUUUGGAAAAGCCGGCGUUUGCGGGGAGCUGCCCUGGAAGAGCUUAUUCCAUGUCGGAGCAGCAUCGGCACCCCCGCCCCGUGCCGCCCGCUCCCCCGGCACCCCGGCCAGCCCAGGACAGGACAGGGACAGCCCAGCGCCAGCGGCGCAGGCAGAGGAAAAGGUGACCAGGAUGCUGUGCCAUGGGAAGCCCUGGAGGUCCAUGUGCAAGGGGCUGGUCCUGGGGACCCUCCUGACCAGCUUCAUGUUGCUGCUCUACUCCUACGCUGGCCCCCCGCUGCAAGUCAGCGUGACUGAGAUCCCCAUCCCCUCCUCCUGCUCCUCCCGCCCGUCCCCCGCCAGGGCUCUGGAGGUGUCCAACGGCACGGGGAGCCCCUCAGGACGGAGCUGCCGGCCCAAGCUCAACGUCAUGUUCAUGAAGACCCACAAGACCGCCAGCAGCACCAUCCUCAACAUCCUCUUCCGCUUCGGGGAGAAGCAUCACCUGAAGUUCGCCUUCCCCAACGGCCGCAACGACUUCUACUACCCGUCGUUCUUCGAGCGCAGCCAAGUGCAGCACUACCAGCCCGGCCGGUGCUUCAACAUCAUCUGCAACCACAUGCGCUUCCACUACGAGGAGGUGCGCGAGCUGCUGCCGCCCGACACCACCUUCGUGACGGUGCUGCGGGACCCCGCCCACCUCUUCGAGUCCUCCUUCCACUACUUCGGGCCCGUCAUCCCCCUCACCUGGAAGAUAAUGGGGGAGGACAAGCUGGCCGAGUUCCUGCGGGACCCCCGGCACUACUACGACCCCAACGGGUUCAACGCUCACUACCUCCAAAACCUCCUCUUCUUCGACUUCGGCUACGACAACACGAUGGACGCGGGCAGCCCGCUGGUGGAGGAGCACAUCCGCGAGAUCGACCGCCGCUUCCACCUCGUCAUGUUGCUCGAGUACUUCGACGAGUCGCUGGUGCUGCUGAAGGACCUGCUGUGCUGGCAGCUGGAGGAUGUCCUCUACUUCAAGCUCAACGCCCGCAAGGGCUCCACCGUGUCCCGGCUGACCCCCGAGCUCUACGAGCAGGCGACUGCCUGGAACCUCAUCGACGCCAAGCUCUACCGCUACUUCAAUGCCACCUUCUGGCGUAAGGUGGAGGCCUACGGGAGGGAGAGGAUGGCCAAGGACGUGGCCGAGCUGCAGAGGGAGAACGAGAAGAUGAAGAGCAUCUGCAUCGACGGGGGGCACGCCGUGGAUGCCAGCGCCAUCCAGGAGUCCUCCAUGCAGCCCUGGCAGCCCCUGGGGGAGAAGACCAUCCUGGGGUACAACUUGAAGAAGAAGAUCAACAAGAAGCACCAGAAGCUGUGCCGCAAGAUGCUGACACCCGAGAUCCAGUACCUGACUGACCUGGGGGCCAACCUCUGGAUCACCAAGCUAUGGAGUUACGUGCGGGACUUCCUCAAGUGGUAGGGGCUGGCAGGUGCCUCGCUCCCCCCGGGGAAGAACCAGGUGCUUUCGUUUUUCUUACUCGUGGUUCUUGUGGUUUGGAACUGGCUGGAGGUUCCAGCGCCCAGGAACUUUGGGGGAGACCCUCCACCACCUUCCUGCAGAGCCCCAGCUUGGGUUGGAGACUGGAGACUCUGCCUCCACCCCCAGGGUCGAGGACUGAGGGUUCAGGGGUGGUGUUUUCCUGCAGGAUCCACUUCUUCCUUCCCCACGGAAAGGCUGGAGGAGGUAUUUAUGAAGGACAUGGCCCUGUCACAGCGGGAGCAGGACAUCCAUCCAUCACCACCUUGCUGGGGGCAGCCCAGUGUGGACAGGGACGUGCUGGGACAGCAGUGGCAGAGGGUCCUCUUUGCCCAGAGUGGGCAGAGCUGUCCACAGGGAACCCAGCCCUCCAGGGGCUCCUCAAAUCACUCCUUUGAGCCCUGGUUUUUGGGUGCUGGAGUGUUGGAGCCUGCUGCCCACGGGUGUGAUGAGUACAGCCCGUUCUCAGCUCACCCACAGCUAUCACUCCAUGGCAGGCUAUGACCCAGAGCCACCCAGAGCCAUCUGGAGAUUGGAAAACCCACCCCAAAAGACCCAGCAUUUAUCAACAGCUCCCUGUGGGCUAAGGGCACCCCCUACCUGACCCCCAUCAUCCCAGUUGGAGGGCCCCGUGGCCCAGGUCCCCACAGGGGACAUCCCAGAAGGCCGAUGGGGUCUGGUGAGAACUGGUGUGGGGAGGAGAUGGGGAGCGGGGUGUGGUGGGCACUGUCCCUGUGGUGCCAUCCCGGGCAUGGUGGGGAUGCCAAGGACAGGGUGUGUCCCCACCCUGCCUUGGGGACAGACCUCGUGUGUCCCAGCCGGGCUGGAUGACCCCGGCGACACCGUGUCCUGUCGAGAGUGGCCCUGGCCGGGCACGGAGGUGGCACCGGUGGCUGAGCCUCCCCUGCAGCAAAGGGACCCCCCCAACACCCACCCGCAUUUCACUCCUUCUGUAAAGACCAGGAAUAAAAAAAACAAUUCUACU